ACCAAGAGGGAUGUGAAAGAGGUGCAAUUACAAGGCAAUGACAUUGGAACACCACAGGAUGCGACUACAGGAAGCAUAGCGAUCUGGCAAUACCCAAACAGAUUUCUAUUGUCAAAAAACGCGGAGCCUGGUGCGGUUCUCCCAAGCGCCUUCGGGGAUGCGGACACCAGUUCUGCUGCCGGCCGGGACGGACCAGCUCGAAAGAGUAGAGACACAUUAGCGAGGUCAACGGAUGAUCAAGUCAUAUUUUCACGGGAGAGCACCCUCGUCUCGAAACAGAUCUAUAUCUCCGCAAACACCUGCUCACAGCCUUUCUGGGUCGGCACAGGCGUGCAAGAUGUUGCUCCGCCACAAUUGACCCUCUACGUGUCCACAAAGUCUGGUAAACAAAAGCUCGGUCCUGACGGUGAUAACGAUUCACAGACUGUGCAUCCAUUCGUAGAUGGAUUCGUCAAUGCAUCUGUCAGCGCUUCUGGCGACUGGUACAUGGCAGUAUCCGCGCCCACCUUCUCCUCCAGUUUUAAAGGACAGUGGAACUACCAGCUGGCAGUGUCCAUUGAUGACUAUUUUCACGGAGCACACCAGGAAGCCACGAGCGACUUCCUGCACCUUGUCGACACGGACAUGGAUGCCGCUUUGCUGAUAUCAGGCAGACUGGGUAAUAACAACGCUUCAGACUCAGAAUUGUAUCAAAAAUGGAUGAAACUCAACCCUCCAUUUGUCAUGUUUGCCAUGAACGAAAAUGUCACCAGCUAUAUGGGCGUGGAGAGCUCAUUCUGUGGCCUUCGAAAUGCUGUCAGAAAUGGCGCUCAAGUGCAGGCAGAUCAGAAGGAUCUCGGUGGCAAAACGAGUAAUGUGCAAAUGCAGAUGAGUUCCCGUGGCAUUGGAAAUUACCCUCGACAACAAUUUUACAUAACACAGCUUAACAGCUCCAGUUCUUACCGGGGCUACAUAGCCAUGGAAGGCGAUUCUGCUAAAGUGGGCAACGGGGUUGUCGGUGGUGGCGGCAGGAUCUGGCCUCCCAUGCGCUUCACGACCAAGACCGACGGCAAUUGUCAGCUGCUUUUCGACCUUCCUUUUUGCGAUGGAGUGGCAUAUGCAGUACCUGCAAACCCACAGGGCAAGAAUACUGCCCUGACCACGUUUGAAGGGCUCAAGCACUUUUAUGAUAAUUACACGUCGUUUUGGUACGACAAUUUUGCAAAGAGCCUUCAGGUUCUGCCGUGCAACACCACGUCGAACGCACAGUACUCGCUGGCCAAGGACUGCAAGUCGUGUGCAGCUGCGUAUAAAGAAUGGCUUUGUGCGGUGUCCAUUCCCCGAUGCGAGGACUUUAGCAAUCCCGCCAAACACCUGCAGAUUCGUAACGUGGGUCAACCAUUCUACAACAACAACUCGAUGCUGGAAGAUAGUUUCCUACAACAAAAUUACCAACCCAUGCACAAGGCGCCUACAGUUGAGGGCACUAUUGCAUUCCAGCAGACAUACAUAUCGAGUUUCGCCACCAAUCAAUCUCGGAACCCGACGAUCGAUUUGAACAUUGCGCCUGGGCCGUACAAGGAAGUCAAACCUUGUGAAGACCUAUGUUUCAGUCUGAUGCAGAGCUGUCCUGCAGCGCUGGGUUUCUCAUGCCCGUAUGAAGGCCGUGGAUUGGAUGUCAGCUACGGCAAACGUGGGCCACCAGGCACUGUGGAAUGCAGCUAUUUGGGUGCAUAUUACCAUCAAAGCGCUGCACUACGUUCGUUUGUGCCUCCGACUUCAGCUCUUCUU